CAACGAUUCCAUCAGGCAACGAACCAAUUGGUUAAGCAAGCAAUCUCUAUAUUCAUCAUUCGCAUCAUCCUUGUUUUUAUAAWAUAUUAGAUUUUAAUACCAUGUCUGAAGUUGCAGAAGGAGAAAUCAUGUUGUCAUCGCCAUCGACGGUGUUUUCUUCGGGAGAAAAGAACAACAUCUUUGGAAACAACAACGACGUUGUCAAUUACGAUGCUUUGGYGGAUGGAAGAAUGAUUGUACGUCCGGAGGGCAGUUUGCUAGACGUUCUUCUCCCCUCUCCGGACACGAUGACCAACAGCAGCGACUCCGAAAAACCGGUAGCGAUCUGCAAUCUGGUUUCCCUGCAGCCAUUUUCGGUAGAUGGGGUGAAAGUGGAGGCGCAGCGGGGACUAUCCAACAACAYCAGUAGUCAAGAGGUAUCCCAAUACGAGGCAGCCUUUGCCAUUGCAAUGGCCAUCSAGCACCUGAACGAUAGCGAUGGGUCCAUUGUGGACGAUUUAUACGGGUUGAAYGAAAAGACUCCCUGUGGGGGGGGGAGCGAAAAGGGCAGCAAUGGAGUGCUGCGGUUUGUUACCGAGUUUGUCGACACACAGUCUAAUCCAGGGCUUGCGAUGGACAAGGUCAUCCAGAUCUUCUCGAGAAACAAAAGCCACGAUCCAAAAAAGGAUCCGAACAAAAGGCAAUCAACGCUCUUCGGUCCGUGCGCAUUUUUGGGUGAGUCCUCGGACCUGGUUACUUCCGAAACGAGCAUUUACACCGGGCAUCGCGGAUAUACCCAGGCAACCGGAAUCUGCGACCAAUGUACCUCCGUUCACAUGGACGACAAGAAACACUAUUCUGGAUUUGUACGAACGAUCCCCGACACGGACUCAUUGGCUGAGACCUUUUURUCGUUUUUGGUGGAGCGAAACCUGAUCCAGACCAAAAGUGGCUCGACKAGGUCACACGACGGCGUAAUGGCGAUGAUGAAACGACCUACUAACAUGAGGCACUUUGAUGAAGAGUCUGAAGACAUGAACUCCRGUAGCACCGGUCGAUUCUUAGCAGUGCUUCAUGUUAACAACGACAAACACCGAAGGGAAGCUGCUUCCGUAUUAGAAGCUACUACGAAAGUGGAUCCCACCAUGUGGGUGGAAACACUGAGCAUCCAAGAAGACGGGUCGAACAUUCAAGACAGGAUCGCUACCCUUAAAGGACUGAGAUUUGGCUUCGUUUACGCCAUUUUUGGAAAUGACCAUGUGGAUCUAAUGAACGAAGUUAUGCUYGAAGCUUACAAUCAAGGCAUAGCAGGUGAAACGACCCAGACGGCGGGAGGACUGCAAACCCAUAACUGGUUCUUCUCUCCCAUAUUCGAGGGAGGUGCCCUUGCAAAACUACGGUUUCCGGACCCUUCUUCUAUAUCCUACSUSCAUGGUGUCGAGGACAGUGAGYUAAAAAAAGCGGUGAUGCUUUACAAAGCAUACCGAGGUUCGGGAAUGAUCUGGCUCGGGGGUGCUGGCCUUUCCAACCUCGUUGAGAACGAUCGGUUCGUAGCCUUUGAAAACAAAUUGAUUGAAUUCCGCGACCGCCACAUGGAGCGAAUUGAAGCCAUGAUGCCUCAUCGUGACAGUAAAGCAGCCCUUUUGCGCGAUCCUUCCUUCUUAAAUCCCUUGRUCGACGACCGGGCCCAAUUCUCGUAUGAAGCCACCAUUAUGCUGGGAUUGGCAGCCUGUCGCAAGGCCGCAGAGCAGGAUGCCAUAGAUGAUACUGAYGCCGAUCAUUCGUUGCUUCUCGAUGGGAAUGACUUUUACGACGAGGUCUUACACACUACCUUUCAGAGCAUCAGUGGUGAURUGAUCAUGCUGAACGAAUUCGGAACACGAAAAGCCAAUUCCACGUAUUUGAAGAUGAUCAAUUUUUAUGACUUCGAACCAGAUACCGGUUCUAAUAGUACUUCSGGAGACCUAUAUGGAUUCAAAAUGGCUACCUCGGACUACUACGCAAAUGGAAAAUGGAUACCGGUCCAGCCGUUUACAUUUAACGACGGCACUACUGAAACUCCGCGCCCUGCCUCCGUCGGUUCUGCUAACGUUCAGGUGGUCGCUCGUGCUGUCUGUAUCAUUUGCUUCAUAUUUUGUGCACUGGCGAUAUCUCUCUCCCUGGUGUGCAUUUGUUGGACCUUUAUCAAUCGUGACACACGGGUUGUCCGUGCUUCCCAGCCCUUCUUUCUGUAUUUGAUCUGUGUUGGAUCGACGGUCCUGGCACUCGYGAUCAUACCGCUGUCGGKAGRCAACAGCGGUCUUGGAUAUUCCGAGUWCACCAUGAGCUGCACCGCCACASUCUGGCUGCUUUCCACAGGCUUCAUCACGAUAUUUUCCGCCCUCUUUGCCAAAACCUACCGCAUCAACAAAAUCAUGGACAGCGCCAAGCGGUGCCGUCGCAUUACGGUCCGCGUCCGGGACACRCUAGUGCCCAUGCUAAUUUUGGUAUCAUGUAAGUUAUAGAAAUUAUGAAAUUCAAACGCGACUGCUUGGUGAAUUGAAUAAAUGAAUGAAUUCUUUUGGAACGAACCAAUUUUUGUGUCCUGCGGCGAUAUUUCUGCCCCUAUCUCASCUUGGUUUUCUGGAUUUUUUUGUUCMUCUAUCGGUGACUUCUCUCAAUGUGUAGGCAACCUUUUAAUCUUGACUGUGAUGACCAUAUURGAUCCCGUCGAAUUCAUGCGAUUCACUAUAACCGAGGAUCGAUUUGGUAGACCGAAUGAKGAAUACGGGGCAUGUGAUUAUUCGUCACAUUACGAAUACAUUGCUCCUUUAUUGUAAGUACGAGUACAUUGUAGAGGGAAUGUCUGAAUAUGUCACUAUKCUAUCUUGCCCAUCACCACACCACGUGUUCGGUUCAAGAGUGUUUCUGAAUGGUGAUGCAUUGGAAGGAGAACAGAGUACCUAAUCAUUGCAUUUGCAUUCGUUCUACCUGAUCAAAAAUAUUUUAUACAGCAUUCUAAAUGCGGGAGUUUUGGUGUUUACAAUCUAUCAGGCGUGGAGGGCUCGUCAAUUAUCGACAGAGUUUGCWGAAACCCAGUAUAUAUUCAUGGCACUCUUGAGUAUCGUCCUGGUUUCGUUCAUUGGAUGCCCAAUUCUAUUGAUGGUGGCUACGAGUCCAAGCGCUACCCAUUUCAUCGGCAGUKCCAUUAUUUUUGUCUCGGUGAGCAGGAAAAAUUMAUGUUUUCAAAACCCGGUUCUCUGUUGAAGAACUGUUCCRCGUUUGUGUCUAAACACUAUUAGUCGCAACAAAACUUUCUUCUCACGGAUAAUCUCUCUCGGCAAUAUGACUUUCUUAUUUUCUUCUGUUUGGUUUCGCUGGAACAAUUCACGAUCUAUGCAAUUUUAUAAUAGUGUGUCUCCCUUCAGCUUUAUCUCUUUGUUCCGAAGUAUUUCUUCUUAAAAAAAGGAGRCUCCAACUUCACAGGUGCCAACACAGGUAGCAGGGGAAAGUAUUUUGGAUCCAACAAUACCCAAACUACCACUAAUCUUCAUGGGCAAAAUAAUUAUAAUCUUCAUUCGUCUUUGGGAGGUCGUAGCGAUGGCACAGGCAACAGUAAURACUGCAAUAAUGACGAUGGAGAAGUUAUUCUUUCUACGAAAACAGCGAGAGAAUUGGCGAGAGAAGUGGCGAGGCUUCGGGAUCGGCUGCGUGCCCAUGAGAAUACAGAAGGAUCAGCACAAAAACCAGAGGAAGCUCCGAACACAUUGUUUCUUUCUCCUACAGCUGCAAGCAAAAUCACCGUCAGUAGUAGUGAAAUAUCCUCAUCGAAGCGGGAUUYCAGUCMAGUCUAACACGGAGCAAAAYACCCRUGCAGAAUUUUCUCUCAGCAGUAGGUUUAACUUCCGGCUCGAACUUGRAUUCGAAGUACGGCGUCGGUGAGCGCUUUGWYUCGAUUUGUAAAGUACGCGCAUAAAUUUAUAUAAUAAUC